AUGUGGACCUCAUUGCUUCGCCUUUCUCAAAGCUACCCGAAAGGGUCGUUUCAUGAAGGAAAUAUCAAUCCCUUCGCCGACGUGCAGUGGAUAAGUCGACCGUUCAUGAAACGUAACAUGCCCAGGGAUCACCACCCUCUCGCCAAGCAACACACAAGUUUGAAGGCCCUGACGAUGCUGGAUGAAGAGAGCGGCAACCACUGGCAUGUGCUGGAUGGCAAGGGAAGAAGUGUCGGUGGCCUGGCCGCGCAGGUCGUUCGGCUACUGCAGGGCAAGCACCGCGUCGACUUUACGCCGCGAACUGCCGCGGGAGACAGCGUGAUUGUCGUGAACGCCGUCCACCUUAAGAUGGCGGGCCACACGUGGGACACGAAAGUUUACAAAUUCGACCGAAAAACGCAUCCGGGCGGCCCGAAGGUCAUCACAGCUAAGACGAUCAUGGCUAGAAAUCCCGCGAUGAUUCUUAACAUGGCGGUCAAGCGCAUGCUUCCCCCGAAUCGUGUCAGGCCUGUCAUGUACAGGAAAUUGUUCGUCUACGCGGGUGCGCUGCAUCCUCACUGGCAAGUUCCUCAAGUCGUCGUUCCAGCGAAACCUCCAGCUGAGGUUCCGUUCUCGCCUUUCUCCGUCGAUACCGCAGACCCUGCGCUAGCGGCUGCCCGCAUAGCAGCUGUCGGGGGAUCCGCAAAAGCAGCGGGAGACUAA